AUGAAGACAACAGAAACCAAGAGCAUUGUUGGAGAAAAGCAGGUGGGACUAGAAGAUAAAGAUUCUGGAGAUGAUAUUCAAAGUGCAAUAUUUGGGGAGCACCUGAAGCCACCUAGCAAUUUUUCCAGGGACAUGAGAGGGUGUGAUACCAAGAAGAAUGGGCGGCUCCCGCACAACACCUCAGAGUCCCCGGAGGGUUGUCCGCGGCCCGCAGACCCGUCCCGUAGGGUGCCUGCCGUGUCCCCGCCGCCCCCGCCCCCGCUUACCGGGACCGUCAGGGUGCGGGACGCGGGUCCGGGUCCGGCGGACUCUACACCGCGGACCCCGCGCCGCCCAUGGCCACUCGGGAGCCGGCGUGCUGGGGCCGAGCGCCGGGAGCAGGCGGCGCAGGCGGAGCAGCAGGCUGAGGCGGCGGCGGCGGCGGCGGCGCGCGCGCUCCCCAAGCACGCACACCCACCCUCCCUGUCUCCCGCCCCGUGCGGCUGCGGCGCGUGCGCCCGCGCCAGAAGACCUCCGCGGGCCGGUGGGCGCGCGUCGCGCUCCGCCCUCCCGCGCCUCGAGGCACGGCCCUCGCAGCUUAGCUUGGCGACCUCGCGCAGGAAUGAGGCGCUGAGGGACCGCAGGAAGGCGGCGCCCGGCUCCGACGACCUGUGGGUCCGGGUGCCAGUGGGCGCCCCCGACCAGCUCCCCGCUCUGCGGCGCCGGGUCUUCGGCAGCCGGGCAGCCGACGGCAAGGUCAGUGCCGGCCCGAGGAGGCGUCUCGGAAGGGGGCUCCGCGGCGGCUCGUGGCUCCUGCCCGCCCGCCGAGGCGAAGCGUCCUGCAGCCCGCACCUGCCUGGGGAGCGUCACCGGAGAGUCAAACAAAGAGCUAAAGAUAGAACAUCAAGAGCUAGGAGACUUUCCUGGGAAGAAGCUGAGAAGCCAUGGGAGCUGCUCUCUGUCAUGAAAAGCCAGGGCUGGCUUCCUAAGGAGGGAAGUGUUCGGCGGCUCCUGUGUGCAGAUCCUUCCUGCCCCAUUUGCAAUGCUGUGGCUCUGGAGAUUCAGCAGUUGCUGGCGGGUGAGAACACCCUGAUCUCUCCCCCUUCAUCAGGGCCAUCACAAGGCUCCUCUUGCCUAGAGAUUUUGUCCAUGUCUAGUCUCUCUUUGGAGCAGAGUCAGGGUUCCCUGCACUCCAAAGAUCUUCCACUUCCAUCUGUAACCUCCACAAUGUCACAAUUAAUGGAUCAGAAAUGCUUAACACACUCAGCUGCUCAGAGAGCCAGUGUCAGCAUCCCAGACCACCAGGCUGAAUGCCUCCGGCAAAAAAAGGGAUUUCAAGUGCCAGAUGUGCCCUGGGAUGCAGGAGCUCUGUCUUCUUCAAGCCUUGAGGAGCCUAGGACUCCUGUGAUUCAGCAGGACAAGAGGAAGAGCCACUCCGAAGGUGUACUAAAAAAACAAGAAGCUGCAGAAACUUGCUUGGGAAAUAAGAUGAAGCUCUUUCCAUACUGGAUUAACCCCAAGGUGAAAGGUCAAGGGCAUAAGGAAUCCAUUCUCUCUAAGGAUGAGACAGUGGCUAAAACCAUGACAAAAAAGGUUGAGAAGAGUCCACCCUCCACCAAACACCCUGUGAGAGGAGCCAAGUGGGAGAAAAAAACAGAAGAGGAGGGCAUAACCUUCUUUGAUGUCCCCCAGUCUCAGGACAAUGAACUCAAGCAACAACCCCUUCAGUCCAGAUGCUCUUGGCUCCUGGGCCUUCCCCACAACAACUCCAAGCACUGUCCUCAGCUGACUGGUGACACUCAACCAGAACAUCCACCCCAGAUCUCAGCUCUUACCUUGGCAGAAGGUACUGGUCUAUACAAAGAGAAUACCCAAUCCACGAAAAAGGAAUUCAUAGGUUCCCAAUCCUCUGCAUUCCCAUGAAAAGAGGUUGUCAUCAUCAUUUCUGUUAAUGUGCAGGUGAAACAGGACCCUCUCCAAAUAUACUCUAUACCUCUA